AUUUUUUGUCUUGCAAUAGCAUGGACGCGUAUAUAUAGCUAACGUGGAGUCCAUCUUAUACGUUUAUGGAUUGACCACGUCGUGAUUGCCCACGCGUUGCAAUUGCCGACGUCGUGAUUGCCCACGUUGUGAUUGUCCACGUCGCGAUUAACCGCGUCGCGAUUGAGCACGUUGCAAUUGACCACGUCGUGAUUGUCCACGUCGCGUUGCAUUUACCCACGUCGCGACGAUGCAUUUAUCCAGUCAUCACGUCGUUGUCGGCGCGUGAAGUUGACCGCGUCGGAAACGAAGCACAACGCGGCGGAUACGGAAAAAAUCAGUUCCGGAAUAAGGGGCGUCGCUGAUACAAUUGAACUCGACGGACACGUGAAGAUUCAAUUUUGGAACAAGAGGCGUCACGGCUGAUAUAAUUGAUGGAAAUAAUAGAAGGCAAAAAACCUGGAUCUACAUUGUACGUCUAUAAUAAUUACACAUACAAUGUGGAUCAUAGAUAUUCAUAUCUAUAUCGUUGUUCUAAACGUAAGACUAAAAAAUGCUCUGGACGAUUGCGAAAAGAAGGAGAAUUUUAUAUAUUGGAACAUUUCCAUAAUCAUUUGGAAGAGCCUUAUAUUGUCCAAAUUUUUAACAUGAAAAAAGAAAUGGUUAGUUUAACACAAGAAACAACCAUACCUUUGAAAGAAAUUUUUGACACGGUCUGCCGCAGUAACCCAGCAGCUGCAGCACAUGUUUCAUACAACCGUAUGAGAUCCUUUCUUUCUCGCCAAAGGAUCAAAUCGGAGAGAGAGAAAAGUGGACAGGAAGAGAGAGAUACACAAGAACAAAAACCGAUGGAUAAUAAAGAAGAUAUUGUAACAUCUGGAGCUGAACAUCAGAAUGUAAAACGUGUAAAUCAAAGACGUGUUAAUACAAAUUCCAAGCGCGCCCGAUCUUCCACACCAGAUCAGAGACAGAGGGAUGAACAAACAGAUGAAGAUAUUUCUGAAGUACCAAUUGAUGAUAAUGAUAGAAAGUCACGAUUAGAAGGCAUCUGUGUUAUAUGUUUGAUUAAAAAAGCGUGUUACGUCUAUGUACCAUGUGGACAUCUAUGUUCAUGUGAAGAUUGCGCUAACAAUUUAAUGUAUAGAAGAUGUCCAAUGUGUAACUUAUCAUAUGAUAAUUGUAUAAAAACAAUAUUAUCAUUUACAUAGAAAGAUGUAUAUGUGUAAAAAGUGUUCGCCGAAACUCGAAAAGUUUAUUAUAUACAAGUUUAUUACAAAUUUAUUAUAAGUUUAUUAUAAAUUACAUCAUAUAGUAUACAUAAUACAGCUACUGUAAUAGUAUACGUAAUACGCUAAAUACAUAUCAGAAUUUUUUUAUUGAUUAAUAUUACAAGAUAGGUAAAAGUAAAAUAUGUUAAAAUAAAUGUGAUCAU